AUGGCAGAAGAAGCAGUAAAUACGAGAGAGUUUGGCGCUGACGAGUGUUGUCGCGUCUUGGACAUGUUUCUGGCGGAUAUGCGCGAGCUGAACAACACCCAGCGCGCGGAGAUUGGGGCACAGCCAGACGAAAUGCUCAAGGGCAGGCGAGAACGAGUUGGAGCGAUGCAAGUGGCAGCGUCGAGGGCGAUAAACAAGAAACGAACUUCAACCCCGAAAUGGCUCAAACGGAAGCAGGAGCUUGUAGCUCUCCAGCAACAGACGCAAGAGCUGGAGACUCACCUCGCUUUUCUCAUGCUCCAACGAGAGAGAAAAUGCAGCUCUCCAACUCCUCCCAGUGUUCUCUCCGAGCUCAAAAAGUGGACAUCGGCUGCUACCAGAGAGAAGAUGCGACUACAGGCGGCACGAGACGAGAACGCUGUGUUUGAAGCAUCCAGUUCGCGUGUACGCGCAGUGUUUGUCCAGUUUACAAGCGGCAGUAGCUGCUACCAGCUCGAGUCAGCAGCUCACAAGUGCCGUGACCUGUACGACUAUUUCAGCUCAGGAACUGGCUAUGCGCAGCUUGAGCUCUUAAAGAGGCUCGAGUUGAUCUGCGUCUCGUGGAUUUCCCGUCCAUCGUGGAGGGACAUCGAAAAAGGCCUGCAGUUGCUGACCAUGAAGACGUCGAAAUACGCUGUGGAGAAGGCGCAGGAUCGGCUGUGA